AUGUCUUUCUUCAACAAUUUCACAAAGAGUAUCCAAUCCGGGUUUGAAGAGGUCUCCAAGGAGGCUCAAAAGUUCACCAAUGACAUCACUCCAAUGGCUAAACGUACUGCCAGACUUGUCCAGGAGAAGUUUGGUAGCAUUGAAGACAUAUCCGAAUUGCCAGAGGAGUAUAUCCUUCUCGAGAAGAAGACUGAUGCUCUGAGAUCGGUGUAUAAGAAACUGUUGUCGAUUAGUAGUACCUAUGAGAUUGAGAGCUACUAUUAUCCACCUAAUCCUACUGAAUCUUUGUCUGACUUGUCUAAGACUCUUAGUGAUAAGUUUCAAGGUCUGCAGAAGGCUUCAACUGCAGCUGAAGCUGAAAAGGUGUUGACUGCAUCUUCAGGAGCACCAGCUCUGCCACAGACUUUGGCAUAUGAGUUGAGUAAAGCUGCUAAGCAGUCGCAUGAUUUCUUGCUACAAUUUGGUGGUGAGAAUGCCCUGAGUAAAGUGCUGUUGAAGUUUUCUGAUUCCCAGGCAAAGAUCGGUUCUAAGAGAUUGGAACAAGAUAAUAUGAUUCUUACUGAGUUCAAUGCCAAACUGCAUGAAUCUCUCGACAAGAGCUUCAAAGAGACCACUGCCAACAGAAAGAAGGUUGACAGUGCGAGAUUGAACUUUGACACUUUGAGACACGAAGUGAAGGUUUACCCUGAAAGACAGGAGAAACUUCAGGAAUCUUUGGAUAACGCUGAAGACGAGUUGGUCAAUGCUACUACUGUUGCUGUUCAGAGUAUGAAGAAACUUAUUGAACCAGCGGAAAGCGUAAAUUUGAUAAUUAUCUUUACAAAGAUUCAAUUGGAGUACCAUAAGGCCUCUGUGUCUGAAUUGGAGAAUCUUGUUAAAGAAUUGGAGAGUAUUCCAAUCGAUGUUGAGGAAGAAGAAGAAGAGGAUGACGACGACGAAGAAGAAGCUGAUAAACCGGAAGUCAUCGAGACACCUGAGCCGGAAACAGUUGAAGAAGCCGAGCCAAAGGCUAAAGGUAAAGGCAAAGGUAACAAGAAGUGA